CCUGGGUGCAGGUGCUCUGGAGGCGCCUGGGGUCAGCCUGGUCAGCCGGCCCCGGCAUCGCAUGGGCUUGGGCCUCAGCCCUGGACAGCACCUGGCAAGGUGCUCCCGGACCAGCCUGCCCCCAAGGAGCCCGCCUGCUUCACGUGGCUGCCGUGGUGCCUGCUGCCUGGGCAGUGCCAGCAGCUGACGCCCAAGCCGGGCUGUAGGGAAGCAGCAGGAUUGUGGCCAGCUGGCUUGGCCCCCCCCCACUGAGCCGGGCUGCCUGGGAUGGCUUUGCUAGCACGUGGCAUGCAGCUGGGGCGCUAGGGGCCGGCUUGGUGCAUUCGCUGGCUUCUGCCAGGGCGAAGCAGCGCCAUGGACUCCAACCUGCAGGGGACAUUCCUGCUCAACAGCCCCUCGCUGGCCCCCUUCCCGGAGGCGAAGGCCCCCAUGUGCCAGUACGCGGUGCAGAACUCCUUCUACAAGCUCAGCCCGCCAGGACUCAGCGCCCAGCUGGCAGCCGGCACGCCGCACGGCAUCACUGAUAUCCUGAGCCGGCCAAACAGCAGCCUGCUCUCCGCCUACCCCCACACAGGCGGCUUCAACGGCCUGGGCUCCCAGCCCGUCUACUACGGACCCCAGGUGGGGCCCUUCGCCAAGGCAGGGAGCGACUACCCGUCUCGGGGCAGGGACUGCUGGGCAGACCCCGGCCAGGACUGGCGAGGAGGCCGACCGUGCGGCAGCGCCCCGGCUCACCUGGCCGACAGCAUCCACAAGAAGAAGCACACGCGCCCCACCUUCACCGGCCACCAGAUCUUUGCGCUGGAGAAAACCUUCGAGCAGACCAAGUACCUGGCAGGGCCCGAGCGGGCGCGUCUGGCCUAUUCCCUUGGCAUGACCGAGUCGCAGGUGAAGGUGUGGUUCCAGAACCGACGGACCAAGUGGCGGAAGAAGAGCGCGCUAGAGCCCUCGUCCUCCUCACAGCGGGCGGCGGGCGAGCGGGCCGCCUCUGAGACUGAGGACGACGAGUACAACAAGCCCCUGGACCCCGACUCGGACGACGAGAAGAUCCGUCUGCUGCUGAGGAAGCACCGGGCUGCCUUCUCGGUGCUCAGCCUGGGAACUCACAGCGGCUGAGCCCCCGGCCCCCUGCAGGGCCCGGCACUGGCCCCAGGCCCGAGGUGCCUGUGCACCAGCCUGCACGCCGGCUGCUCGGAGCCAGAGACACGCAGAGCAGCGCCCGAGCUGGCAGGGGCUGCUCUGAGCGGGAGGGGUCGAGCCUUGAGGUACAGGGUCCUGGAGCCUGCCUCCUCCCCGGCUGAGUCGUGAGGGGACAGGAGCAGCCCUGACCCCACAGGAGCUGCCGGCGCAGCCUUGCGCCAUAGAGCCAGGCUGCGAAUGGGAAAGGGGGGCUUUGCCUCUGUCACUGCCCCACGCUGGGAGGGGGCUGCCCCCAACCUGGGCAGGAGGGAGCCAGGCUCCAGCAUGUCCCGGGCUGUUGGUGUUACAGACCUUGCCGGGCCAUGAGCAGUGAUGAAAUAAAGGUCCCAGCCCCCCCUGCAUCUGGGCAGUUAUUUGACUGUGGCGUGUCCGUGGGUGCAGCUGGCUGGGGCAGUAGUGGAGUGUUGAUGGCUAGGCUGCCUGGUGCUGGUGGGGGCGGGGAUGGUUAGGCUGUAACCCAUUUUACCCUGCACUGAGCAAAGGGUCCCUGCGGGGGCUGCACCGAGAGAUGGCUGGCCUGGGCCUCGGCUCAGAACACAACUCGGGGGAGGCGCUGGGGACACUCACUGGGGAGCAGCCAAAAAGACGCUGGCACUGCCAUGGUGACGCUGGCACGCAGUCCUGACAGCACUGCCGCGGGGAAGGGCGCAGUCCUGGAGCCGCCAGCACUAGAUUCUUGCGGGUACAUUAUUUAUUAAUUAAUUAAUUUGAAGUUUGACCUGGGGCGUUGCCCCAUCUUUCCUCAUUAGCCCAGCCCUGCUCUCUGCCCCCAUGGACUCAGCAGGCCCUGUGUGCCGUCACCCUACUCCCACCUGAGUCAGUGCCGGUCACUGGCCCAGACGCACCCAACCUGCGCGGCUCCCUGGCUCAGACACACCUGCCCCGCGUGGCUCCAUGUGGGGUGGGUACUGCGGCAGGCGGGGUUUGAAGCCGAGGCCGGGCCAGCGGCGGUUGCUGUGGCACUGUUCAUGCACAGGCACUAACGCUGUGGAUACUGCUGCCCUGAGCCACAGAGACCCAGCCCAGCAGUAAGGGGCGAUGGCCAUGGGGUGCUGGGGAGCCGCCCAGACAGGCCAGGAGCAGCAUGACCAGUCCCAGAUGGGAGAUUAGGCCAACAGCUGCAGAG